ACUCACACAUCCCCAAACAUUCUAAGACGAAGAACACAGUAUCACAUAUUUUUUCAACAUCAUAAUUGAAAAAAAGGAACAAUCUGUUUUUUUAAAUGAAUUCGAAUUCACCGAAAGACAAGCCAUCGGCUUCUUCAAACUCGUCAACUCGCGACUAGCAGCAGAAUUCCGGGGCCGGAGGUGACUCAAACUUGCCGCCAAACGGACCGAGGAGAUCGGCAAAAAUCGCCCACAAAAAUGAGCUUAAGAGGCGGGUUAUGGCCGAAAUAAAUGAAGCCACUUCUGAGCCAAAAGUCAAAAAGUCGAAGAAAACUGAAGGGAAAAAAUCAUCGAAGACUAAGGUUUCCAAAUCCUUGCUACAGAAAGCAAAUCAAGGUGACGACCCAGAGCCUACAAGGCAAUCCGUGGUCGAAGAUGUCGAGAUGGUGGUUCUUGAGGGUCCACGUACACCAAUUGAUGGUAAUGAAAGAUCAGAGGAAGUGCCUUCCGAGUCUGAAAAUGCAGAAAUAGUGGAUAAUACCGAGGCAACCGAUCCCGAAAUUGCUGAACCUGAAAUAGUGGCAACCGAGGCAACUGAUCCUGACCAGAUGGCUAAUCCAGAAAUCGUGGAUGUUACCGAAACAAAUAAAAUAAAUAAAAUUUAAACACAAGCCAUAAUUAAUUUUUUAGCUUAUGCAGCAGUUAAAUUUCCAUUUGUUUUUGGUUGUACGUGAAUCAUCAGUCUUAUUGGUUUCUAGAUCAUAGAU